AAGAAUUCGUAUGAGGAAACAUUGCCAUAUCUACUGUCAGAGAUAGUGAACAGAUGAUGAUUUCUUUAUUUCUAAAAGCUUCUUUCACCUUACAAUUUAUCUGCAACAUCGAGUUUUCGAUUGCUAGUCAAUGCGCAUGCGCGACAGACUAUGUCCACGUCAGAUCCGGUGCAGGUACGACUCACCACAUCUUAGGUACACUGAGCACGGGGUCAUGUGUCACGUUCAAAGAACACAUGAUGUCUGCUACGGGAUACCAGUGGGCGAACGUGGACUACCACGGACAGAAUGGUUGGAUAGCAUCGAAUUACCUAACCUUUAAAGAGUGUUCACAAUCAUCAUCCACGCAUUCAACUGCCGGAUGUCCGACUAUCAUCAGUCGUAGUGAAUGGGGUGCGCGCGCGCCGACGCAUCACAAUGGACGACUUCCCACAACCCCUGGUCACGUGUACAUUCAUCAUGGCGCUACUCCGGGUUGUCACACAAAGGCUGACUGCAUUCAGAGAGUUCAGUCCUAUCAGAAUUAUCACAUGGACUCACACGGCUGGUCGGAUAUAGGAUACAGUUUUGUGAUUGGCGAGGACGGAAAUGUGUACGAGGGGCGAGGCUGGGACACUGUUGGGGCCCACACUCUACAUCACAAUACUGACGGACUCGGUUUUUGUGUGAUGGGAAAUUUUAUGACGCACGCACCGAAUGACCUGGCAAUAAACGCAGUGAAGAGCUUGAUUCACUGUGGAGUACAGAUGGGAAAAAUUACCCAUAACUACGUGUUAAAGGGUCACAGAGAUGUCGGCCAGACCGCGUGCCCUGGGGACAAGCUGUACGCCUUGAUCAAGACUUGGCCCCACUACCAUCAUUAGAUACUAGCCUCUAUUCCUGAAAAAAAAUGUAUUUCACACGAUCCUUUCAAUAAAUACAUUUAUGAAUGUU